AUGCUCUCCGCAGGCUUUGUGGCGACGAUUUUCCGGAUCGCCAAGACCGUCACCCAACUUGGGUUACUGGUCGGGGCUCUAGUGAUGGUCGGGCUUUACUAUUACCAGCGGUCGCUCAUCUAUCCCGCGUCGUUGAACGAUGGCCACGGCCACUGUGCUACGCCUGAUGAGUAUGGGAUGAAUGACUAUGAGUUGGUCAGUCUCAAAACCGAGGACGGAGAAAUCCUCCAAUGUUACCUGGUUCUCCACGACCCGUCAAGCCCUAAUUAUACCAACAAAACCGUGGUGAUUUUGUGUCCCAAUGCUGGUAACAUUGGCCACGCCCUCCCCAUUGUUCGGCUAUUUUACGAGGAUUUUGGCUAUAACACAUUCAUCUACUCUUAUCGUGGCUACGGUAAACUGACAGGCUCGGCCCUGGAGGCUGGGCUUAAGCUUGACGCUAAUCGGGUGAUGAAGUACCUCACUUCCGAAAAUGAGCAAAUUGCUGCGUCGCUGCUCAUUUUGUAUGGCCGGUCUCUUGGAGGAGCAGUUGCCAUAUAUAUUGCUCUGAAGUGGCUGAAUUACAUUCUGGGGAUCAUUCUUGAGAACACGUUUUUGCUGCUUCGCAAGACGGUGCCCCACAUUUUCCCUUUCCUCAAGUACGUGACGUCGUUGGUGAAGGACAAGUGGGAGCUGGAAUUGCUUGUUCCCACAUUGCCCGAUGUUCCCGUGUUGAUGCAUCUGGCUCGGAAAGAUGAGAUCGUUCCCCCGGAACAUAUGGACACGUUAUUCCAAUUGAUGCCGCUGACAGAUAAGACCUUCUACGAAUAUGCGGAUUCAAAUCACAAUGACACUGUGAUACAAGACCAAUAUUGGGAUCGCAUUCACGAGUUUAUUAAGCAAAAGAUCAACCCAGUUGGUUAUUAG